AUGAAGGCGGACUCCCGGAGGCUCUUCCUUCCCGAGACUGUCAUGGCUCAAAAAGAACAGGAAAUGAGCAACAUCCAGGUCAGGAGCGUGUUACAGGGAGGCGUGACCUUUGAGGAUGUCACCGUGGCCUUCACACGGGAGGAGUGGCAGCGACUGAGUCCUGAGCAGAGGGACCUGUACAAGGAUGUGACCUUGGAGAACUUCAGGAACCUGGUCUCCAUGGGAGGAGAGGAAGCCGCCAAACCAGAAGUGAUCUUGCGGUUGGAAAACGGUGAGGAGCCGUGGACGGUGGAAACGCAAGUGCUGAGGAGCUGUGGUCCAGCAGAAAAAGACUGGGCCAUUGAAGAGCAGAGUGGGAGAUUCCAGGACAUAGAGCGGAGCCUCAAGACUAAAGUUGCAUCCGUCAACCAGGAGACAUUGACUGAGCACGAAGACCUUGAACGUGACAAGCCUAAAGAAAUCUUCCUGCUGGGCGCAGACAGUGUUCCUUCAAGGAAAAGCUAUGUAAGAAAUAAUACGUACAAUAUAUAUAAAAGAAGAAUUGGCAAUGAUCCAUCUAAGCUGAAAGAAAAUCAAUUUUUGUGGAAUGUCCAUCGAAAGUCACUCAGUUCAAAAUCAUACCUCCAGAGUCCCCUAAGGACACAAGCCGUUAAGGAAUCCUUUGGACAUAAUACACGUAGACGGGCAUUCAGCAAGAAGAGGAGGACUGAUGAACAUCAGAACACUGAUACAGGAGAAAAAUCCUAUGAAUGUGACAAAUGUGGGAAAGUCUACAAGCAAAAGCCCAACCUUGUCCAACACCAGAAAACUCAUACUGAAGGGAAACCCUUUGAGUGUCAAACAUGUGGGAAAGGCUUUUCCUGGAAAUCCGCCUGCAUUAAUCAUAAGAAAAUUCACAAUGAAGAGAAAGCCUAUGAAUGUGAUAAAUGUGGGAAGUCCUUUAAACAGGGCUCAACCCUCCUUCAACAUAAAAAAAUUCACACCGGACAAAAGCCCUACAGCUGCAACAACUGUGCAAAAGCAUUCAUCUACAAGUCAGAUCUCAUCAAACACCAGAGAACACACACAGGAGAGAAGCCUUAUAAAUGCAACGUAUGUGGAAAGGCUUUUGCCCAGAAAUCCAAUGCCAUUGACCAUGAGAAAAUCCACUCUAAGGAGAGAGCCUACGCCUGUGAGCUGUGUGGUAAUACCUUCAUCCAGCAGAAAAAUCUUAUUCAACACAGAAAAAUCCAUACUGGAGAAAAAUGCUACGAAUGUGACAGAUGUGGGAAAGCUUUCUUCCAGAAGUCAAAUCUUCACAGCCAUCAGAGAAUUCAUAGCGAAGAGACGCCCUACCAAUGUCAGGAAUGCGGAAAAUUCUUUAGCCGGAAGUUAGGCCUCCGCCUGCAUACAAAAAUCCAUACUGGACAGAAACUUCAUGAGUGUUCUGAAUGUGGAAAAGUCUUCCUUGACACGUCAUAUCUUAUCAAACACCAGAGAAGAAUUCACAACAGAUACACACCUCCUGCACAUUAA